AAUGAUGAUUAAGCGAUGUCUGAUGUUGAGGUCACGUACGCCGACUUCAUCGCCUCUGGCAGGACAGGACGUAGGAAUGCCCUCCACGACAUCCUGCAGAGUCCUACGGACCCUGAAGGCCGAGAGCUGCCCCUUACCCUGUCCCUCUCCCAACUUCACAUCAAUGCAGGAGGCGGAGAUGCAAACGACGCUGAUGACACCCAAAGCUCAUUCUCCUCGGCUCAAAGAGAGGCGGCGCAAAAGAACAGCUAACCUGCCGCAGUCCCUCGCCGGUGAACAGAACAUUGCCGGAUUGAUUCCCGGCCUUGGUGGGUCCAAAGCCUCUCUUGACGCCUGGCAGGUAGCUGGAGGCUAACAGAAUAUUGAUGCAUUCGCAUUAUCAAUACUACUGAUGAGACUAGUUAGUAGCAAGUCACUCUAAAACCUAAAAUCCAGUGGGGAGGCAAUGAACUGGAUUAUGCGCUUUGCUCUCACACCUUCUGUGCACUACAACAACAGACUUGACAGCAAGUGCUUUAGAGUUCAAGUGAAAUGAGAGCAAGUUGUGUUUUUCUCCAUUGAAUGAAUGAGGUGCAGUGCUAAAACACUGAUUGGGGUGAAUGGAAAAAGAGAGCCUCUGUUGCUUUUGUAGUUGUGCAAGCAAUUUGUGAGCCCACUGAGACGUGUUAAUGUAAUGGGUCGCAGUGGAGCUAGCAUGUGUAUAGAGGUAGUGAUGCUGAUAGGGAUUAUAUUGCUAGUUAAUGGCGUGUGCUUCCUUGAAAUUGACAAUACUGUUCUGAAAAUUGGACCAGAUGUAAGCAGGGCUGGAAACACCUCGAAUCUUGUCCACUGUUGUGUGACUAAAUUGGACUGUCAUAUCCUCUCAUUUAUGUGGUAAAUCGAGUUCGAAUCGUGUAAUUAAAACUCAAACCAUUUCAAAUAUGAAUCAUCACUAGUGGAAUAUAUCACAUCACAAACAAAAGCCAAGCUAUCGUAUAUAAAACGGUUACAUUGACUUGUUCUUUUAAUUAUUUUUUUUGCUCGGUGUACAUUUAAUUAUUUAUUACAUUGAAUUUACGGAUGAAGAAAAGUCUAGUAGUUGAUUUUGUAAUCAGCUAGAAAUAAUGUGGUCAUAAAUAAUCAAAUGUGUCCCUCUGAGCAUCAUCCAAUUGUUUAUCUUUUGAACGAGGAAAAAUAUGAUAACUGACUCAGAAUUGUAGACCGUUGUUGUGUUGAGCUCACGUACUAUUACAAACACACAACAUUCAAAUACGAUCAAACGAAAGGGUGAUCAAUGCUUUACGCAUAAAAACUAAUCUGCUGUUGAAACAGCAAACGGCCAACUUUGACUUCAAUGUAUCCCCCACUCUUUCCGAGUUACCAUGGAUACAAUCUUAAUCUGAAUUCUUCAAUUUACCAAGACGUUGGGCAACUCCAUCUGUGAGCAGCUCGGACAAAUUCAAUAUACUUAAUUUCUUCAAAUAGUACCUGUGUCCAAAUGAAUUCCCAGGAGUGUGGUGACCUUGAGCAAAUAUGCACUGUACCUCAAAAAUGCUGCUUAUCCUCAGUAGGGUCACGGGUGAGCCUAUCCCAGCUGACUUUGGUUGAGAGGCGGGAUUGACCCUGGACUGGUUGCAGGCCAAACGUAGGGCACAUGUCAACAAUCAUUCAGACUCACCUACGCACCUAAGGGACAAUUUAUAGUCGACUGUUAACCUGCACACGGCGGCUGGAGCGUGAAUUUGAACCCCCAACCAUAGAACUGCAGGGCUAACCAGUUGGCUACCGUAAGACUAUUCAAAAUAACAUAAUAAUAAGAAUGCAUUUAUACAAAUAAAAGCACUAUAUGAGGAAAGAUGGGAAUCAAAAUCAGUGUCUGUCAUGACAGUAUAUAACCCAUAAAAUAAGUUAUUGUGCUCAGUCAGAUAAAAGCAGGCAGGUAACAGUUUGAAACAACAACUCGACAUUAGCCAUUUGAGUUCCUGUACAGUAUUAAUCAUUACUGAAAUCUCGGUGGUGCAGCGUCACUGCAUGCUUUGUUGGAGCACAUGCCACUGAACCUUACAAUGUGACGAUUUCCCUUAAAAUAAUCUUCCCGCUUGCCAUCUCUCGUGGAAAUGUCGAAGAGGGAGUUUAUACUGUCAGGUUGAUGUGCAUCUAAGUCCAGCAACCCACUAGUUUAUUAUUACAUUUAUAAUAUUUGUACAUUACAAAAAAUAUAUCUAUAUAAUUGAAUCUUUGCAGUUUAGCUAUGUGCAAGUAACAAUUUACACCUAGUCUCUUCAAAUGUGUUGUGAUUUUUAUUCUAUGUAUUUAUUUUUGUUUUACUCAUCAAAAAUCGACAAAGAAGACAAAAUGAGCAGUUGUGGACCAUGAAAUAGUUAUUAUGCUCUGUGACCCAUGCUGUACUUACACUUUCAUUCAUUUUCCAUAAAAUUACAAACGUGCACAUAUGAAUUAGUGAAUUUAACAGGGAGUGACAGGUUAAUGCUCUUGCCAUAACUAGGCUCCUGUUUCCUCUAUUUUCAUUAUCCAUCCAUCCAUUAUGCUUAGCUAAAUACUUUAUCCUUUUGCUAAAUUAAUUGUUGGCUUCUUGCUUAUUUGCCACAGAUAACAGUACCAAUUGUCUCUUCUAACUUUUAGCAAAACGUGAAAAAAGUGCAUUCCUCAAAACAUGGACCUCUUUCUUUAAUGUAGAUAAUUAUGCAAUAUUGUGUGGAGCUUCCAGUAAGUGUGCCAUGUUUGUGUGAAAGUGUCUAUUACUUCUUACACAGAGGCACACUAUAUUCCCGAUACAGUGCGUGGUAAUGGCUACAUCCGAUAAUUGACUUCCAUAAAGGAGCAUCAUGCAUGUAGUUUUGAAACUGUAUACAUUUAAGAGUGAGUGUAUUUAUUGUCCAGUUUUACAAACUAUACUUUCCUCUUCAUGUGAAUAGUAAUCGGUUUGUAUGGCACUCCUCCAAUCAGGUUAUUUGUACACUACUACCAUGUGACCAUAGUGACGACACUGUGUAAACCCAGCUAUUUAUAAAUCACCUUGUAGGAAUGUGAGGUGCAUGUGUUUGAUAAAUGUCUUAAUUGUAUGUUGUUUGUGAGCUAUUUUCUACACUUUGUGUCGGUCAAAGUAAAAUAAAUGACUGAUGGCAUUGA